UCAACUUUUUUCAUAAAUUAAAAAUAUUAACCAACAGUGAAAAAGGAUUAUGAAAAUAAUUAUUCGGGACAAGACAAAAAGUCAAAAUGUCCGUCGUCGUCGUCAAUGUUACUAAGGAGAAUCAGGGUAAUGACUUAGAUCGUCAAAUCGAACAGCUUAGACAAUGCGAAAUCAUCGUGGAACACGAGGUGAAAGCAUUGUGCUCCAAAGCACGUGAAAUACUCAUUGAAGAGAGCAACGUGCAACGCGUUGACUCACCUGUCACGGUAUGUGGAGAUAUUCAUGGACAGUUCUAUGACUUGAAACAAUUGUUUAAAGUAGGCGGUGAUAUUCCUGAAAGAAAUUAUUUAUUUAUGGGCGAUUUUGUUGAUCGAGGAUUUUUCAGUGUUGAGACAUUUUUACUUCUUCUUGCCUUAAAAGUAAGAUAUCCUGAUCGAAUAACAUUGAUACGUGGUAACCAUGAAUCACGUCAAAUUACCCAAGUUUAUGGAUUUUAUGACGAAUGCUUACGAAAAUACAAUAGUGUGGCAGUAUGGCGUUAUUGUACUGAUAUUUUUGAUUAUAUGAGCUUAUCUGCUAUUAUUGAUGGAAAAAUAUUCUGUGUGCAUGGUGGUUUGUCACCUUCAAUACAAACAUUAGAUCAAAUUAGAACAAUUAAUAGAAAACAGGAAGUUCCUCAUGAUGGACCUAUGUGUGAUUUAUUAUGGUCUGAUCCUGAAAAUACUCCAGGAUGGGGUGUGAGUCCUCGAGGUGCUGGAUACCUAUUUGGUUCUGAUGUUGUUUCCCGAUUUAUUACUACAAAUGGUUUGGAUAUUAUUUGUCGAGCUCACCAACUAGUAAUGGAAGGUUACAAAUGGCAUUUUGAUGAAACUGUUCUUACUGUUUGGUCGGCACCUAAUUAUUGUUAUCGUUGUGGUAAUAUUGCGGCAAUAUUAGAACUCAGUGAAACACUACAAAGAGAUUUUAUAAUAUUUGAAGCGGCUAUACAAGUAAGACGUGGAAUGCCAACAAAAAAACAUACAGCUGAUUAUUUCCUUUAAAUGUUCUCUAGUUCUUAAUGUAUUUAAUUAUAAUUUUCUUUUAUUUGUAAGAAAAUAAUGACAAUAUAAUAAAAUGUUUAUUUAUAUUUAAGCU